CGUGGUUGCAGGUUGGUUGUCUGCGUGCUGUCGCCAAUUUUUUUUUAAAGAGAAGUGCAAUAUUAAAUUUUUUGCAUUAAUAAGGCGUUGUCACACGGAACAGCAUUAUUUUCUUCUGUUUGUCCUAACCAGCGGGGCUAGGUUAAAGUCAAGUUAAGGCGCCACAGACUCUGCAAGAGAGGCACCUGGCGGUCUCUUGGAAGAAUAGCCUGGAAAGGAGGAGGAGCGAAAGCACCUUCUCUCGCGGCUGCCAGGUCCAAUGACCCCAAUAAUAAGACCCUGAGCGCAGCGCAGAAGGCAGAGAGCCUGCGUGCAGAACGGUACUUUUUCUCUUCCCGACUCAUCUCGGCUUGACAAAGGAGCUGCUACCAUUGUCUGCAGGCCUUUCUCUGCCAAGUGUGUCUGGUGUGUGUGCGCGCGUGCUUUGUUCCGGCUCAAAAUCAAAAUGUAGUGAGUGCAUCGGCAGGCAACAAAAUGUCCUAAUAAUCAGCAGCAAUUAGCCGCAUUUUCGAAGAUCCGCGAAAAUGAGUCGGAGAGGGCAGCGCGGCGAGAAUCUCGCGGAAGACUUGCUUGUACCUGAGGAGGAAGGAGCAUUUCAGUCACUCAGUGCAACUAAUGCGACGUUCAGCGAUGAGGAAUUUACUAGUCAACUUGGUAGUGACCAAAUAUUAGGAGAUUUUAACGACUGGCAGGGAUGCUACGCGGCUACCAACUUGGUGGUGCGACUUCCUGCUGCAGAAAACAUUGAAAUUUUGUGUGAUCCGGGUCCAUCGUCUUCAACAAGCGCGUUGGACAGUCACUUGCAGUACUUUCUCACCAGGGCGCCUUCUUUGGUUGAUAUGACCAGAUUUGAUCUGAUAUCUCCCAGAAAUCCAAUUUUCGACAGUUUCAACAAGAGCCCCAGCAUCGCUUCAAAUGAGGAUACGCCAGGUCCGUCGUCGGCAAAAGACGGAAGUGCGCCCAGCAGAAACGUCUGCGACACAGACGAAAAUAUGGACUUUUCUAUCAGAACAGACGUAACUUCUGUGAUGGAUGUGACAGACAUGCAGACAUCUUCAAGUGAUGACGAAGAUGUGGUCAGUCCUGAUGUGAUUCCCAGAUUUGUUAGGCCGUCGAUGAGGCGAAUCAAGAGGAUAAGGCUUCCGGCAACUGAAAACCUCAGUGUUGAACACUUGCCUCCGCCUCUGGAUUUCGCCUCCAACAACGAAGAAGCGAAUUCCACAAUGACGACGGACGUUGAUGAGUCAUAUUUAGACACAAGCUCUAUAGGAGUUGAUAUUAUGAGACGACUAGAUUCCAGCAUCGAAAGCAACUUGUCAUCUGCGUCAACUGUUGAGUACGCUGAAGCAAGAGCACCAGAGUUACCUUCUAGGAAUAUUGUUAGCGAAGAGAGAAGAGAUACGCACCCCAGCUAUUUCUCCUCAGAGACGAGCUUUUACAAUCCAUCUGUAACGCCCAGUGCUCUAGGACAGUGGCCUUUCCAGUUUUGCUUUUCCCUUUCGUCGUUUGGAUGUGUGAUAGGACUCUACAGCCUCAGUCGGUUUGCUAUUCUAAGUGCACAGUUUGGAGGCUCAUUUUUGGUCCAAUUUUCUAUCUUGUCAGUUUUCUUUGGCAUUCCACUUUAUUUGUUCCACGUUGCCUUGGGACACUAUUUGGGAUCAGGUGUGAUCAAUAUGUGGAAAAUCAGUCCUAUUUUCCAGGGCGUCGGAAUCGCUUUGCUUAUUGGGCAAGCGUUCAUAGGAUUUUACGGAAUUGCUGGUAUUUCAUGGCUGUUAGUAUAUCUGAGAGACUCAUUUAUCAGAGGUGGAGACUCCUACAGAUGGGUAUUCCCUUUAACACCAUCCAACACCUUCGCUAAGAGAGACAGGGGGAAAUUGGAAGAAACUGUGUCUGAUUACUUUUAUGGUGUUGUGCUUAAGCGGUCUCAAUUGUACGAUAGAUCUGUUGGCCACUUUAAAUUUGUGCCUGUUUUCAACUUGGCAGUCGUCUGGGUCAUAGUUUUUUUAUCCUUGAGCAAGGGCGUGAAAACCUACACGAAAGUUUUGACAGCAUUAGUGCUCUUAUCAUUGAGUGGUCUCCUAGUGGUUUCGUCGGAAAUAUUUUAUCUGUCUUCUAAAUACGGAGAAAGCGUGAUUGCCGAAACUACCUGGGAUGACAUAUUUUACAAUGGACAGAGCUGGAUAGCCGCUGCGUCCGAAACAUUCUUAACUUGGGGAUUGCUUGGAGCCGCCACAAUGCAAUCUGCAUCUCAUUGUCACCAAAGACACAAAAUUCUGCGACAGACAGUUGUGACCAUUGUGGCUGUUGUCUUGUGCCUUGCCCUGAUAGCCUGCUUGGCAGACGCGUGCACACAAAUUUUACUGGGCAAUGGCUUUCAGUACUACCACACAUCAUCAUUUGAACUGAUGAGCACUGCUCAGUUCAUGAGAGCUGUCGAUCAGCCAGUUAUUGACCCCACCACCAAAUACAUGGCGCACAGCUCACUCAUGGUGGGAAACAGGGUAAUUGCCCCGAUGAGCGCUUCCAAGAGCAGGAGCUUAAAAAGUGGAUAUCAAGCAAUUAGACUGGUGACUGAACUUUUGCCCGCGACAUUCGCAACGCUCGGAGUGAAACAGAUGUCGCCAUGCUGGGCGGUACUAACGUUUCUCACGCUCAUUUUCUUUGGACUUCUGCAGCAGUUGGCUGUGUGGCACUCAGUUAUAAGCGGCAUCAUUUCCAUCAGCUCCAAAAAUUUGAAGCCGUGGCGAACGACAAUUGCGUUUUUCACGUGCAUAUUUGCUUGUGUCCUUGGGCUGCCGUUGACAACAGAGCUUGGAAUUUGGAUUGUCUACUUCCUAGACACGGUCGUGGGUAACGGUUGGUGGAUAGCGCUGCUGCAUUGCCUGCUGCUGAUAGCAGUAAUCGUAGUUAGGGGCCAUCCAUACAAUGGAGAAGUUCUGGCAAACGUUUUGCUUGGAGACGGCUGCAGAACCAUCAAUAAAUUUUUGUCUCCAGUGCUGGCUUUCAUUUGGAGCGUAGCACUCCCUGUUUAUUUGCUGGGCAUGACGGUAUUGCUGUUCUUCUCCAGUGAAAGUGUGAAGCUAUACGACUGGAAUAUUGCCAAACAAAAUCACUACUGGGAAGUGUGGGCGCGUGAGCUCGGAUCGUGCCUUCAGUUGCUGCCAAUAUUGCUUGUACCUCUCGUUGCAAUAGUGCAAACAUGCCGGUACCUAUCCAAAGGCCCUGAUGAUAUUCUUGAGCGAGUCAAACUGCUUUACAGACCACCUCCAGAAAGGCCGCCUAAUCAUAACAGCACAUUAGAUAAUUUUGUCGCCAACACCCCAGACACAAAUGAGACACCUGAGGCCCCUUACGAUCCACCCCCUAAAUACACACCUCCUCCUUCAUACUCCACUGCCACAGGAGCCAGAAUUGCGCACAUGCUCCGACAAAGCUUCCGGCAUAGCAUGCGCCGAAUUUCAGCCUCAUCAUUAUUCCAAAGUCGAAAUCAAAAUGAGGAGGAGCCAAGACCUCCAGCGUACACUGCCUCCGUAGCAAUAGAAAUGCAUCAGCCCACUGAAGACCAGUCUCUGCCGGAGAAUAUGCAAAUCAGUGAGGCUAGCAGCGCAGCUCCUGUCUCUUUGUCGGCCAAUUUUAGCGAGAGGUCCCGAACUCUUCCUGCUAGGAGCAAGCAGUUGACUGCGCCGGAAGUCGCGAAAAUUCUUCGGGGAAGCUUCCGCAGAAGCCAACGCUAUAGAAACAACACGUUGCAACAGUGGAACCUUAACAACGAUAAAACUUUGAGACAGACUGAAGAUGAUUUUGAUAAUUUUAAGUGAUCGCAGUUAAUGCUUUAAUGUGAAUAAUUCUAAUGUCCAUAUAACUUAACGAAAAGUGAGAGCUUCAAUAAAUGUGCCUAAAAAGACACAAAAAAUCUAAUAACUUAAUGUCAACGCAACCUCAAGUAAUGUGAAUGUUAAUUGGAAUUAAAACUAGGAGUUUCUCAGCUACAAACGAUACAAAA